AUUCGAGAUAACGAUGGUAGACAAAAGCAAUGAAGAUUCAAGUAGUUCCGAAGAUGAAAUAACGAAAAAUGCAUUAAAAGAGGCGACAGAUCAUCAGUUUCUGAAAAACAGCUAUUUUUUAAACUCAAAAUCAAAAGUAUCAGACGUUUCUGACAAAACAGAUCAACAAAAUAAUUCAAUCAAAAAUAAAGAUUUAACAAACCCGGUAUCAUUAAGACCAAAUUUAGAACAAACGAAACAAUUUACAAUUUUUGGUGUAGAACCAACAUUUCAGCAUUAUGUUGCAAAAAAGCUGGAUGUAAUAAUAGAAAAAUCUAUUAAAUUUAAGAACAAGGAAACAAACAAUUUCAUAAAUGAAAAGGAGAGUGAAGACUCUAAUUAUGGUAUAAAAUUACUUAAAUCUUCAGCAGAAUUUUUAACAGCUAAAGAAGAAGUUGAUGAAAUUCCAAAACCUAGAAAAAGAAAAAUUGAAGCAACUAUGGAUGAUGAAGCUAAUUUAUUGAAAUGCAGAGAAGUUACUGUUGAUCCUGAAGUGAUAUUAUCAAAAGAAGAAACUAAAGCCUGGAUAGAGAGACGUAAAGGAAAAGAGUUCAAAUAUAAAAGACAAAAAGAUGGUACUUUAGUUGAAGUAACCUAG